AUGCCGAAAAGAAUUCGCUCCGAUAAAGACCCAGCGUUGCCGCCAUCACCUCCAAAGCGACGUGCUAUUUCUCAUACUAAGAACACAUCAGAAAACAUAGAAUAUGUUCUCAGAAACACAACCCAAAGCAUACCAAAUUCUCUCGGGGCUAAGAAUGUCUCUGGGUGCUCUAUCGAGUUUUUAGAUAUCGGACCCUACGAUGUCUUCAUGGACGGUGAGGACCCCGUGCGAACUAACCAUGCCGUCCUUCGACUCACUUUCCAACAUGAAAAAAGACACGCUACUCCACAUGCCCCUGCGAAGACGAAGGGGCUUAUUCUAGACCUUACGCCCAACGGUAAACAGGCAGAUCUCACAGCAGAAGGCGAGCUAAUGGCCCACACAAGAAAGCACUCGGGGCUUUGA